ACAUGCGACAGAUUCAGACUUGAUUUGAUAUUAGUUCCGACUAGCAUUUUGAUUACGGCUAGAAACAAGAGAAGGUUUCUGACUUAUGGAGAAAUAGACAGCAAGGUCAGAGGUCAAAAUGAGUUUGCGUCCCAGGCCGGUCACAGCGACUGUCACCAAACCAAAAUGGAUGGAGCCUCAAGUUUUUCGACGUCAAUCCCUGUCCUUGGAGUCAGGUGGGUCUACUGCGUCCUUGACCUCUGUUCUUGACCAUGACAGCUACAUAAGUCCAACUCCAAGUGAUGAUGAGGACUGGACAUAUAAUAAAGAAAAUUGUGGGAAGAGUGAUGGGAGUGAAGAGAAGGGAGACGAUCAGAAAGACCACUACAUAGAUAAAAGAACCAUUGAAAGGAAAUUGGCAAAGUAUGAUGAAAGUACCUACACAGAAGUGACAGACAGUGUUAACUCCCCGGAGGCAAAAUUAUCUCCAUGGGAAAAAUGGCUCAUCUCAAAGACAAAAUCAGAACGUAAGUCACGUAAGCAGAAGUCAGUGGAAAAGAAAGAACAAAAACAGAAACUAGAGGAGGAAAAACAAUUAAAAGAAAAGAACAAAGAGAAAGUAGAAGAAAAUCGUAGAAAAUGGUUAGCAGAAAAACAAGAAAGGGCAAAAAUACGCAAAAAAUUGGACCAGCAGCAAGCAAAAACUGAGGAAAGACUAAAAGCUGAAAACGAGAGAAACAUUGCUGAGAAAGCAGAACGAGAGUUUAAAAGGUGGAAGGCAGAGAAAAACAAGGCCUUGCGAGAAAAAGAAAGAAAAGAACAACAGAAAAGCAAGGAGAAAGAGAUGGAACAGGCAGAGAAACAAAGGAAAGCAGAGGAAAAAUACAAGGAGUGGUGUCAAAAGGCCGCAAACAGACCAAAAUCUGUCCCUAACAGCUUUGGCUACACUUCGGGUAAACUCACAGGUUACCAUGACACGAGUGCCUACCCUCCCCCAUCAUUCUACAACCCAAUUCCAUGGCACCACAAUCCAGUCCCGAGACAGAGAACAGAGAAGAACAAAACAAAGACAAAACCAAGCAAAACAAAAAACUAUGUGUGGAAUCCUAGCAAGUAUCUCUGA